AUGGCUCCGGAGACCCCCAAGAAGGAACCCCCUGCGCCCACUCCCCAGGAGGCCGCCUUCUUCAUGUAUGUCAUGAAGCAUAACAAGAGCAAUCCAGAUGUGGACUGGGAUGCCGUGGCCCAAGAUGCAAACCUCAAGAAUGCCGGUUGCGCUCGUACUCGCUUCCGCCAGAUCAAAGUCAAGUUGGGCUUCGCAACCGCCGAGGCGGGAACCCCAUCCCCCGCCUCCAAGCCAGUCGGAGUGACCAAGAAGACUGCCACCCCCAAAACUCCGCGUGCCAAGGGCAAAAAGAAGGCCGAGGAACCAGUGGAAAGCAGCUCCCAGGAUGAAAUCAAGAAGGAGGAACUCCAGGAGGCUUCCGAUGAUAACCCAUUCAAGUUCACCAAAGAGCAGGAAGAGGAGAAUAUCUUUGCCAAUGUUUGA